GGGGGGGGAGAGGAAAACAAACGGGAGGCGACAUGAUGAGGGAACAGCCUUGGCCCCAACGGCUCUUCAAAGUCAAGGGCCAGGCUGGCCACUUCGGCUUCUGUCAAAAAUGACGCCCUGCAGCGCAGACGGUGGGAAAAUGCGCUUAGACUACAGUUCCCAUAAUUCCACAGCUAGCAGGAGCAGCAGCCUCGCUGACUCGAGGAUCCAUGGGAGACGUAGUCGAAAAGAACUUCCUGUUGUCUGCCAGCUGCCCUUUGAGCCGGCACAAUGCCGAAUUUUAAGCCCUAAGAAGUUUUACACAAGUUUCCUGACUGCUUAUUUGCGCGGUGCUCAUUUGUGGCUAUUCCUCUCCCACCGCCGCCACCUCCUCCUCCUCAAAGUCGGCCCCAUUGAUCCGCCACUUCGGCUCCCAAUGGCCUGCCCCCGCGGCCUGUCUAGACGGGCCUUGCCCUGCCUCCUCCAGGUGGGUCGGCUCUUCCGAGGAGAGCCCCGGGAGGCCGCCGCCUCUUCCUGCCGGAGAAGGACCCACUCUUCUUCUUCGCCUCAGAAGCAGCUGGAAACAAAAUCAGAAACUGUUCAUCAAAAGCAGAUAUGCCAAAUUGUUCUUGAUCAUUUUGAGAAACAGUACUCCAAGGAGCUGGGAGAAGCGUGGAACUCAGUCAGGAAAGUGCUUACAGCACCACAGUGCUGGCAAUAUGGUGUCCUCCUUAAUAAAUUCAGUUUUUCUUCUAAAGUGGAGAAUGAUUUGCGUUUGAAAGGCUAUCACCUCCUCUUCCCAGAAACCUCAUCCUGUUUUCACCAAUCAUUCAAGUGUUACAUCAGUAGCACUCCUGGUAGAUUCCCUGCUCAGAGACACAGAGCUGGUAAAUUGAAAGAAUAUUACCUACUCAACGUGGCAUCAUUGCUGGCAGUGCUGGCCCUGGAAAUCAAGAAUGGAGAGAAAGUUCUGGAUUUGUGUGCUGCUCCAGGGGGUAAAUCGAUAGCAACACUUCACUGUGCCUGGCCAGGGCUUCUACACUCCAAUGAGUAUGACCAUCUGAGAGCACAAUGGUUGAGGGAAACGCUAGAAUCCUUCAUCCCAGAAUCUUUGAUGCAUAUUGUUACCCUUUCUCAGUUGGAUGGAAGAGAAAUGGGAGAUCUGAAGCCCGAAACGUUUGACAAGGUCCUAGUCGAUGCUCCUUGCUCAAAUGAUAGAAGUUGGUUAUUCUCUUCGGAUAUCCAGCAGGCAACCCUGCAGUUAGCACAAAGGAAGGCAUUAUCAGCUGUACAGUUACAGCUGCUAAGGUCUGCAAUUAAAGCCUUGCGUCCUGGAGGAUCUUUGGUAUACUCCACAUGCACACUUUCAAAAGGAGAGAACAGUGAUGUCAUCACUGAGAUCCUCAACUCCUGCAGUGAUGUUCUGCCAGGGGAUAUGGGCGCUCUGGCUAAUGUGGCAUCUCAAGAGUUUGUUCUUGCAUCAGGUGUCCAGCAGCAUGAACUUCUAGUACUUCCAGAAAAGGGGAGAGCAUGGGGACCAAUGUAUAUAUCUAAAUUAAAGAAAAUUUGA